AUGACCUACAGCUUUUCCUACAGUGCGAUAGGGCAGACGGUCUCUCCCUCUUUGACCUCACCUCUAGCGCCUCUCCUGCCCCUGCUGCUGACGCUGACGCCACUGGACCACUUCCUCUCAAUCUGUCCCACCACUCUCACUGUUGACCUCCUAGAGACGGCCCUCCUAGCAGCGGAGAAGAGCAUCGUCGCUGUAGGAGACUCUCGUGGUGACCCGCGCACCCCCAUCUUUGAGGGGUGUUCCCCUUACCCCCUUUUGCCCUCUGUCGCCUCUGCUGCUGCGGCCGACCUCGUUGGUCUUGAGUCGGUCGGUGCGGCGUCUGCCCCUAGCGGGAGACGCCGCUCUGGCAAGGGCAAGGGGGGCAGGGGCGCUGGCGGAGCUAGUGGGGGUGGUGGAGGUGGCGGUGGAGGCGGCGGAGGGAGUGGGGGUGGCGGUGGGAAUGGUGGCGGGGGUGGAGGUGUCGGUGGCGGCAGUGGAGGCGGAGGCGGCGGAGGCGGUGGCGGUGGGAGCGGAGGCGGCGGUGGUGGCGGAGGUGGAGGAGGCGGUGGUGGAGGAGGUGUAGCUGGUCGGGGUGGUGCUACGCAGCAGAGCGGCUCCGGGGGUGGUCAGCGCCAGCAGCAGCAGCAGCGUUCUCGGGACAUCUCCCCCCCUCACCAGCUCCGUGAGUGGUACAGGCAGCGUCAGCGUGGUGGGGGUUUUCACCCGUGCACCUACGUCCUUCGCUCUGGCGACCGCGCGGGUGAGAAGUGUGGGGGUGCCCACUCCACCCAGCGAUGCUUUGGCCGCCUCACGGACGCUUGGCGUCACCAGUUCCAGGAGGCUGCUCAGAUCCCCUACUGGGGAGAGCUGUCUAGGGCAGGUGUCGCUAUCUAUGAUCUUGACUUUGAUGCUAUCCUUGCUGCCAUGUAUGCUGUGACUAUUUGUGAUGUGGGUGACUGUUACUGGUGUUUCCCGCCCGACCCGGGCAUUGGUACUGCCCCCUCGGGUGCUAGUGAGGCUGCUGCUCUAGGUGCCAGUGCGUAUGCGCCCUUAGGUACUGGUGAGUCUGCGCUCUCAGGUACCACGUCGGCUUCGGCCUCCCUCACCUUCACACUUGACUCAAGGGCUUCGCGCUCCUUCUUUCGAGACCGCACCACACUCACGCCGCUUGGUCGGCCGGUUGCAGUUUCCCUGGCAAACCCCUCUGGGGGUCCUGUCCUUUCUCACUUCUCCACUAGCCUCCCAUGUCCGUCUGCCCCCUCAGGCACCUUGUCUGGUCUUUACUUCCCCUCAUUCUCUACGAACUUGGUGAGUGGUGCUGACCUACAGGAUGCGGGGGUUCACCAGUUUACUCCUGCGAGUCAGCAGGUGACCCACUGCUCGGAGGCUCGCAUAGGCCGACACCUGGCCACGUUAACGCGUCGGCCGGGAUCGAGCCUCUACAACCUGACCACUGGGUCUCCUCCUGUCCUUGCGUCUGGCCAGGUAGCUGCGUCGGGUCAGGUGGUUGCUGCGGCGUCUAGGUCAUGUCCUGAGUCUGCCCCCUGCUCGUGUCGCCUCCUGUCUCACGAGACUCUCCUGUGGCACCACCGUCUUGGUCACCCCUCCCUACCUCGUCUCCAAGGCAUGGAUUCCCGUGUCCUUGUCUCUGGUCUUCCCCGGUCCCUCCCUCCCCUUCCUUCUGGACCUGGUCCUUCCUGCGUCCCCUGUGUCGAGGGGCGCCUAUGGGCUGCCCCUCACUCCUCUUAG